CAAAUUUAACUGUGUCACGAGGAAAAGCAUAAAUCAUGUCGCAUAAGCAUAAUCGUUUCGUGUCGACAUCGAUUUGUCAUGAGGUUUAUAAAGAGGGACAACGUGUCUACAAUAUCGCUUAAUCAGCGCAUUGUAAUGAUUGAAAUAAAAUUCAUGCUUAUAAUCAGUAACACUUCGAUGUACUGACAAGUCUACGCACGGAAUUCACCGCAAGCACAAUGCAAUCCAGCGUAUACAUAUUUGGAUUUUUGUUUAUAAAAAUUGGAUUUGUUGCAGUGGGAGCUCGUGAUAUACCACCGUAUCUAAAGAUAUGCCAUCGCAAUGAUUCGAAUCUAAACGGAUGUAUAAAGCAAAGCAUCGACUUGUUAAGGCCUUAUCUGAAGACGGGCAUUCCAGCAUUGCAAAUACCUUCUUGUGAACCACUUCGCGUGCCACAGAUUGAAAUUAGCCAGUCAGCCGGUCCAGUUUCCAUCAGAUCGACGUAUACCGACAUCGAGGUUCAAGGUGGAACGAGUUUCAUCUUAAAGAGAGUCAAAAUCGAUAUGGAUAAUAAUCGCGUUAAAUUAAAACUCUAUAUUCCACGUCUUGAGAUGAACGCGCAAUAUAAUAUGAAAGGAAACAUCCUAAUGCUGCCUUUAAAUGGAAACGGAUUGGCGAAAGGCAAUUUUACGGAUAUCGACGUCACAGCUAUCAUCCAAAACGAACGUUAUCAGUCUCAAAAAACUAAUGAAACUCAUAUUCGCGUUACCGACUUCUACGUAGAUUUCGAUGUUGGAAAUGCCAACAUCCAUCUGGACAAUUUAUUCAACGGUGACAAAACUCUAUCUGACUCCAUGAAUCUCUUUUUGAACAACAACUGGAAAGCUGUGGUAGCCGAAAUGAAGCCAGCUCUUGAGAAUACUGUUUCGGAGAUAUUUAAGACGUUCGCGAAUAAGAUUUAUUCGAAGGUUUCAUUGGACACAUUGUUGCCCCCUUAAAUACUCCCUUAUUUAGCAUUCAUUCUUUAUGGAUGUGGCUAGAUUUUAGAAAUACCUUUAUUAUUAAAUAAAUAUAUUAUUUAUUAUUAUUUUUGCUAUCCAUUAAUUUUAAUUCGUCAAAGUUCUAUUACUACAAAAUUAAUUAUUGCAUACAUCUCUUAUUGUUAUUAUUAUUAUUAUUCAAAAUUAGAAAUAAGCUUUCAGAGUUGAAAACGUAACAUUAAAAAGUUACGCGUUACUUAGAAAAUAACAGUUUAUUACUAUUUCCUUAUUUUUUUUAUAAUGCUAAAGUAAGACAUUAGAUACUUAAAAAUUAAAAUUAUAUUAUUUAAAAAUUAAUAUUAAAACUUAAAUAGUUAUAAAAAUAAUAAGAAACUAAUGAUAAACGUAAAGGCUAAAAAAAGGUAAUUGUUAUUAAAAGAAAGCAACAACAACGAUGUCAGCGUUAUUUCACAACUCUACCAGCUUGUAAGAUGCAAAUAUGUUAAGACAUGUAAUUUUAACAAAAUGCGUAAAUUUAACCUUUUAAACCGGGAAUAUAUGUAGUUUAUAUAAUCUUACACAGCUAAGAGGCUUCUGCUAAGAGUGUAAAUUAACAUGGGUCCUUAGUUAACGUGAGCAAAUAUCGUCAGCAUUUUUAAUGCAGUCCCAUAUGUUGGAAAUAAAAUGUAAAAAUAUGUAUUUAAUCCAAUCAUUUAGAACAACAUUGUAUUCUAUUUUUUGUGCCAUAAGACAUCAAUCUCAAAAUAUAAUAAUACCAAAUGA